GGGGCGAGUGUGCGUCAGUCAGGGGUGAGUCCUGGGGAAGAUGGCGACCUCUCUCAAGUCUGAGGACCAUAUUCUCCACAACUCCAUGCUCGAGGACGACCCCAAUGACAACUCCGCCACCAAUGAGGAGGAGAAGACCAAGCCCCGCUGGGGGCCAUACCACAAGGGCGCUAAGGAGCUAGCAGGCCUCUACAGCAGGGGGAAACGAAUGCAGGAAAUAGUUUGUGUCUGCAUAUGUAUAACAUUGAUGGUAGUCAACUUGUAUUUCAUGGCGUUUCACUUCAAAUUCGAGAAGGUGGCUACAAUCUUCCUCGUUGCGCUAGCAGGGAUCUUCACGGCAGACUUUGCCUCGGGGUUCGUUCACUGGGGGGCAGACACCUGGGGUUCAGUGGAGCUUCCCCUCUUGGGCAAGAACUUUAUACGUCCUUUCCGAGAGCACCACAUCGACCCCACCUCCAUCACUAGGCAUGAUUUCAUAGAAACCAAUGGAGAUAACUUCAUGCUAACCAUUCCAGGCCUGAUGUACAUGACUUGGAAUUUUUGUUCCAAGAAUAGCGAACAGAUUCAGGCCAAAUAUUACUGGUUUGCCUACCUCUACCUUCUGGCCAUAUUUGUGGCAUUAACAAAUCAGAUUCACAAGUGGUCUCAUACAUACUUUGGCCUCCCACGCUGGGUCACUAUAUUACAGGACCUACAUAUCAUCCUGCCCAAGCGUCACCACCGCAUUCACCACGUGGCACCUCACGAGACGUACUUCUGCAUAACCACUGGCUGGCUCAAUUACCCCCUUGAGAAGCUCAAGUUUUGGACCUCUCUAGAGUGUUUGAUCCAAUUGGUGCUGGGCUGUAAACCGCGUGCCGAUGAUUUCAAGUGGGCGCAGAAGAGGGAUUGAAUGCUCAGAGCAGUGUGCAACGAUGCAUAAUUCAUUCGAAUCAAAACUGAGAAAAAGUGGGAUAUGGUAAACAAAGACCAAGUAUAUAGUAGAAGUAUUUUAUGUAUGCACAACAUGUUUUAAUGAUGGAUACAUAAAAUAUUAUAGAUCCAUUUUGACACAAGACUAGAAGUAAGCUUAUGAGCAAAAGGGACAUAAGUUUUGUAUUAAGGUGGUGAAUUUGUAUACUCUCAGGUUUGGAAUAAGGAAAUACAUUAUUAAAAAUAAUUGUCAGGAGGCCAGACACACUAAGUUUUUAUACUGUACUGUAGUAUACAAAUAAUGGUGUUACAAAAUUGAAUUAUCUUGUUUUGUCUCAUUAAUUGAAUGAAGAAUUUUUGUGUGAAGAAAACAUCUGUACUUGCAGUGUAGAUAAGUUGAGGCAGAUAAUAUGCCAUAUAACAAUUUUUCUGAAGGGAGAGGUUGGGAUUCUCAAUAUGAUCUCUAAUAAGGAGUGUAACAAGUAUUCAUACUACGUCAAAGUCAGUAAAAUUAAAAUUAAUUGUUAUCUGUAUGUAUGAUUUAUAUAUGUUAUACAAAAUAAUCAUAGGGGAAGUUGAAUGCCAGCUAUCAUUCAACUCCUCCGGUAGUUAUUUUGCAUGUUCUAUCACUCGUUCGCGAUUAUUGCAAUACGUAUUACGUAAUACAGUUGUCCACUGCUAAUCCAGACACAUCGGGACCAGGAGUUUACAGAACUUCCAAAUAUCCAGCACAUACACACAAGUCUUCGGCAUACAAGACAAAAAAAUAUAGGUACUCAGCAGUCGCUGUUAAAAUUGUCUUUUUGCAAUACUCUACUUACAUAUUUGUAGGCAGUUUAGAAUAUCUGAGCAUUAUUGGUUGUUCACAAAAUUGAGGGAACGCGUGUGUAGAUUGUCGAGAGUUAGCACACAAUAAUAGAAUAAAAAUUUGAUCUGAAUAUUUCAACCUCAGCCAGACACCUUCUGCAGAUCUACUGAAGAGGGUCUCUGACUUAUGUUGAAAUAUGCAGAUCUUUUCUAUUCAGUGCUAUAUUUUCUGCCCAUUUUUCACAUGUUUAUUGGUCUGUGUUUAUAACACACAGUGUUUGACACUAAAUUCUUGUGUAAUCUAGGUCUUCUUGCCUUGUAAAGAAUUGGGAACUUGUAUGUACCACUAAGUGUAUAUGGAUUAGCACAUAACCCCCAAGAAAAGCAAGUUUCAUGUGUGCCAACUGUGGUAGCAUGGGUCAAAAUAAUUAAUCUUUCCUUUGCUCACACUGGCCACAUAAUUCUUAUUGCUAAAAGUGAAGGCAAGUUGUAAAAUGCAUUUCCAACAUAAUUCCACUUAGUCAUUGUUAUAUAGUACUUGAUCAUUAGUUGUAUGGUGAUAUUCAACCAAAAGAGUAAAUUCAUCUGAAUGGUUGUGAAGGCCGACAGUAGCUGCAGAUGCCCUUUCACCACAAAUGAUUGAACUUUUUAAGUCCAUGCAGCCAGCUUUGGCUGUACAGUAUUAAACCUUUUAUAUUUCCAAGCUUCAGUUGAUGGCAGCAAUACCUGGUGUGUUCUUAACAAAAUUCUUCCUUAAAAUAUUAUGUUGAUAUUUGACUAGCAAGCUUGUAUAAAAUUUUUAUAAGAAGCCACUUUAAUGGUUUCUGGGUAUGGUAUUUAAAUUUGUGGAGUUCUUUUUCUAAUGUUAUACACUUUUACUUGGUAAGAAACACUUGGACCUCCAUUUUCUUUAGUAAUUCUACCUUCUCAUAUUAGUGAAUUUCCGUUUUGCAUUACUGACAUACGUAAAGUUCUGCGUCUUCUCACAUCUGUAAUAUAAGCUAUACCAAUACUGGGGCAUAAUUUUUUUUUCACACCUUGCACAUUUUUAUAUUGGUUAUCUGUGUGCAGAACAAGUAUAGCAUUGCUCUCCUGAAGACAGAAGAGUAAUUAAUUUUAAAAUCACUAUAAAAUGCAGUCUAAAAAUCAGGUGUACACUGUACUCCUAGUGUCAGUAAGCUUGGGUUUGUUGUACAGAGAUAGGCAGUAAGCUUGGGUUUGUUGCAUGGAGAUAGGCAUCAGCACGGGUUGUUGGCCAGCGUGCAGCAGUGUCUACCCAAAACAUUUAUGUGGUGCUUCCAUUCAAACCAGUGUUUCAACUGCAGUGCUGGUAAAUCGCAAGUAUUGCAGAUAUUUAAAAUCUAAGAAUCGGUUCUGAAAAGAGAAUUUGAAAAUAUUUGGUGUACAGUCGAGUGGUGCAUGGCUGUAUAAGUAGGAUCAUUUGGUAUGAAUAACACAUUCAUUUUUCCAUUGGCAGCUUAAUUUUUUAUUGUUUAGUAAAGUUAAAGGAUACUAUGAAUACUGAUUGUUAAGUGAUAGGGUAUAUCAGGGUGGCAGAAUUUAAUGUAUUGCAGUAAUUUUUAAGCAAACAAAUUGGCAUUGAAAAGUACAGUAUUGUAAAUUAGAAAUUAUAGUUUUGAAAUGUUCAUUUCCAUAUACUCUCAAAUUUUCCACAUUUACAUCUGUGCUUGUUCGUUGCAAGUAUGUUAAUAACAUACCCAUUUCUUGAAUACUGUUUUCAUCCUCUAGAGCCGCAGGUGGUGUUUAAAGAUUAAUAUUGCUGUACUGUAGGUAUAAGCUAAAAGCCUUUAAGAUUUAGUAAUUUGGGCAUUCACUCGCCCAGUUUUUUUAAAAUUCCUAUGCAAAAAUGUAAACCAGUUGAGACAC